CAUAUUGUAGGGAUGGCAUUCUGUUAGUGAUGCGAGCUCGAAUAAAUACGAUCUAUGGCGACGUCCGUCUUAUACAUGGACUCGGGCGCGACUGGCGACAACGACAACGUCCGAGUAGUAUCGAUGACCGUGCACGAGACCGUACCAGAGCACUGUCAUGUUCAUGGCGCCACCAAUGACGCCCAGGACGCUUGCACCAAUAUUAAGGCUCUUGAGGUGAUUGCCGUGUACCGCCAAGUAGAUGAACGCGGCAGCAUGCCCCGUGAGGAGGACAGCGUUGGCGAGACGGUAAAGGAACAGGGCCCGGCGGCGGCGACCAUCGAUGGGCCGACCGCUACCAAAGUACCCCGCGCCAGCAGCAAGAAGACCAAGGAGACCGAGAAGCAGGCUGAAGUUGAGCAGCAGCAGCGAGAGGAAAAAGUACGUCAUCUGGACCAGCGCAGCUUGGCGGCAUGGCCAGCGUAACGCUGAUGGCGGCGCUGGUACAGCAAAGGCGACGACAUCGAUUCGCAGCGUAGGUUCCGGCAGCGCAUGGUACGAGGCCGUCGGUGUCGCUGGCAGUGGCUCGGCGAUGGCGAUGGGCGUCGGACGCAUCCCAAUUUCGACUGCGU